UUUUUUCCUGAAUUUCCAGGAAGGUAUGCACAUACUGCAAAUGCCCACGUGAGAAUCAUGACGUUGCUAAUGGAGACGACGCCAAUCAACCUGGUAUUAAUGGUAUCCAGGUGAAAAUACAAGGCAUCAACCUUAACGAUAAUAACGGUUAUGGGGAUGACGAUGAUCUCCCGCCCCCUCCCCCUCCAAGUAUGACUAUUUACCAUGAUGAUGGACAGUUUGAUGAAUUUCCGGAUGUAACGUCGAUUGAGAAUGACGCAGUGUCCAGUCUGCCCGGGCCUCCGGUGUUUGUCGAGACGAGAUCUUCAUCUAAAAAAUACCUUUGGUCACCCCCGGGAUUGAACUCCAGUCAGAUCGACGCAUAUUUCAGGGAAAUUCCACAAGAAAAGGUCCCWAUUCCUGGUAGUCCUGGAAUGAAAUAUUACGACGACCAACUGACCUAUCAGAACCCUCCUCAAGAUCGACCCCAGCUUGCCAAGCUACCACCAGAACACAGGGAACCCAUAGCACAAUUCUGGAAGAACGAAGAACGAAAGAGAGGAACUGGCGUCGUUAAAGUCCCAUUUGGUAGCAAGCAGGUAAGUUGAUGUAACUGUUUUCUGGCUGAUACUAUGUGAACAUUCGCUAGCAGCGACAGUACUCAGUGUCAGCUGUUU